AUGUCGCUUAUCGAACCAAAUCAAUCCUUGUUCAAGUUGGUCAAAGACAAGGUGGUCAUUAUCACAGGCGGUGCCCGUGGAAUAGGCCGCUCUGUUGCUUUUGCUUUUCACGGCCAUGGUGCAAAGGUCGUGGUUGGUGAUGUAAACGUGGAAGAGGGCAAGAGCUUGGUUUCGUUGUUGGGGAAAACCUCCGAUCAGCUUGCACUCUUCCAAGAGGCAGCUCAGUCCUUUGGCCAUGUUGACAUUGUCAUCGCAAACGCUGCCGUUGCCAAGCUUCCGGACCCGCUCACUGUGAUCGAGGACAUCAAUGAGGAACCCCCUCUCCCUGAGGUGGAUAUCAACCUAAGAGGUGUCCUAUUUACCAGUCGAAUCGCGACACACUACUUGAGGCGGCACGGUGGAGGUGACCUUAUCCUUGUCAGCAGUAUAGGAGGAUUCAAGGAAACGGCCGAGCUCACGCCCUAUCUCGCCACCAAGCAUGGCGUCAUUGGAGUUAUGCGAGGACUCCGCAUGACCUCUUUGAAUGAUAACAUCAGAGUCAAUGUUAUUUGUCCCUGGACAACACGAACAAUACUCACAAAGACUAUCGCGGCUGCUUGGGAGGAAUUGGGACUGCCGAUGAACGAGCCUGAGGAUGUGGCAACAUCCAUUUUGAUUUGCGCUACGGCGGGUCGGAGUAACGGCGCAACCCACGACGGAUCUGUUACUCCUUUCCACGGGAAGAUCCUGCUUGUAGCCGGAGGAAAGUCGUUUGAGAUUGAAGACAACUUGCAGAGCCUUGAGCCUCAAUGGCUGGGGGAGCAUAACAGCCAAGCCCUUGCGAUGGGUCAGGACUUUCUACACAAUGGAAAGACAUCUUGGCACCCUUAG